AUGGCGGCGAAGAAUUUUUUCAGACCCAUCAACAGCCGAAGACACAGAGAUAAAUUGGCGUGUGAUGUGAUUUUUGAUAGUCUUGUAGAAGCUAAAGCUGCCAAUGCUGCGAAAUCGUUUUUGACUUCUGUAGAUUUUACUCCUCAACCCGCUUCUUUAGAGGCUUAUGUUAGAUGUCUGUGUGAAAAUGGGUCAAUUGAGGAAGCACUGAAGGUGUUUGAUGAAUUGCAAAAGCUUGGUAUUUGCCCGUUGUUAGAAACAUGGAAUUCGGCUUUGUUGGGUUCGGUUAGAGCUAGGCGAACCGAUGUUGUUUGGAAGUUGUAUGGAGAGAUGAUGGGCAGUGGUGUUGCAGGGGAUGUGGAUACAGUUGAGUAUUUGAUUCAAGCUUUUUGUAUUGAUAACAAUGGUUUGAAAGGCUUUGGGCUUCUUAGGCAAGUUUUGGAAGAUGGGUUUGUUCCCAGUAAUGUUGCUUUUAAUAAAUUGAUAUCUGGAUUUUGCAAGGAUAGAUACUAUUCGAGAGUGUCUGCUCUCCUUCAUGCUAUGAUUGCAAAGAACCGACGCUCUGAUAUCUUUACAUAUCAGGAAAUUAUCAGAGAGCUAUGCAAGAGAAGAAUGCGGCAUGAAGGAUUUCAGAUUUUCAAUGAUUUAAAGGAUAGAGGGAUUGGUAAUCUCAAAGAGGCGAAGGAGCUGUACAAUGAAAUGUGUUGUAAAGGUUAUAAAGAGACCACAGUGAGUUGCAACAUUAUGAUCAGAGGGCUGUGUUUGCAUGGAAGAACAGAGGAAGCUCAUGUGUUGUUUCAAGAAAUGGCUGAGAAGGGAAUUGCUCGUGAUAUUAUCACGUACAAUUCUUUGAUUCAGGGUUUCUGCAAGGAAGGGAAAAUAGAUGAAAGUAUAAAUCUUUUGGCUGAACUUUUAGAGAAGGGUAUGCAACCUUCAGCUGCUACUUAUACUGCCCUCAUAGAAAAACUUUGUGAGAUGGGUGAUGUGGAUGAAGCAAAAGAGUUGUGGGAGGAUAUGCAGAAUAGGGGCGUGGAACCAGCAGUAUGUACUCAUGAUUUCAUCAUAACUGGAUUGAGCAAUAAAGGGAAUGUUGCCGAGAGGAUAGAAUGGUUGACUGCAAUGUUGAGACAUAACCUCAAACCGCAAAAGCAAACUUUUGAGAGACUAAUUCAAUGUCUAUCACAAUGA